AUGUCCUCUGCCACCCAUUCCAUUGGCGCCACAUUCAACUCAGCCACCCUGACCCUCUAUCCGGCCGAUUUACUCUACCCAGCCCAACUCAUUGACCAAGUUCUCAAAACCAAGCCAAUCCCCGUCCAAUCCCUCGCCAACCAGUGGAUUGGCAUCAAUAUCAUCCCCAAAGCUCCCUCCGACACAUGGCUCAUCAACGGCCUCUCCCUCUACAUCACCGGCCUAUAUUUCAAGGCAAUCUGGGGUACGAAUGACUACCGAUAUUGGAUCAAGAAGGAAAUCAUCAAAUGCGUCGAAUCGGAUGUCGAUAAACCACCGAUCUGCCAACCCGGCUGCCAUUGCCGCGGUGGUACAUCUCUCGGCUUGAGUCGGGUCAUCCCAAAAAUCUUCCUCCCUGCGAUUUCGGGCGAAAUGCGGGAUAACAUGCUAUCGACCAGCAGCUUCCUGCGCAUCUUCUUCCAAGUCACCGCGUAUUUCAAUCGGAAAAAGUUAACCCACGAGCUCACCUUGAGGCAACUCAACCGAUCAAAGCAGUACUACCAAGAUGAUUGGACCACUUGGGCGGAGAAGCGCAACGUGAAACCAGUCGAUCGGUUCGAAGGACAAAUGUCGAACAGAAUCCAAGAAUGUGACGGUAUUCCUUACGAACAUGUGCUCGAUAUCAAGGAACCUUUCAAGCGCUACGAGCUGCCCUCUAACCACAAGAAUGAGAAAUUCAAGCGUUCCAGUCGCCGAUACGCUUCAUCCAACCAAGCCCCUGCUGAUCUCACGGAAAACUCGAGCGAAACGUUUACUUAUCCGCCCUGGGAGCGUUCACAAGAGGAGCGCGAUCGAUGGAAAGUGAGAGAUUGGAUGGAAGAAGAGGACCUGUUUAUCACUCAAUCGAACGUUGAGUGGAUUCAUCUGGAUGUUGAGGUCGAAUGGAUCUGUGACUUCAGAUUUGAGAUGAAAGAGUUCAUGUGGCUAGAACAACUUCAGAGGGACCGCAAUGUCGUCGCUCAACUACAGGCGGUCAAAGCGUUGAAAACUCUACCUUCAAAGAUUGUCUCGAGUCACUUGUGCCGAGUUGUUCUCAUCCCGGAGUCCUGUUUCAGAAUCCGGGUUGAGGCCGUCUUGGCCCUCGUCUCGUGUGCAAACAUCGAACCUGACAGUCCAUGGAACAUCAGAGCAAUCCCUAAGCCCAACCAAUUCAACAACUUUGCCGAUUAUUUCAUCCGCAAGGCAAUCGUCGUUGCCCUUUCCCACGUGCGAGAUCAGACCAACAACUUGCCUUCGGUCUGCCAUCAGUUUUUCCUUGACCAGCUGGUCUAUAACAACAGUUCCUUGAACGCGUAUUCCGAUGCCCAUUACAUAGCAACUACAAUCGGAUCAAUGACCGAUUCAUUGAUUCAUCUAGCCAACAAUGGUGGAAGGGAGCAACUAGGCGAAAUCUUUGGAACCAAAGCGCUUUCAACAGGGGUGCUUCCGGAUUUGGAGAGGACUUGCGACAAAAGAGCACUACUGAUGAUCAACAAACUCGAAAGAUUCUUCAUGGCCGACCGACUAGUACCUUCUUAUUGUAAUCUGAUCACAAUGACUGUCAUCGAAUUCAGUGCAACUUUAGUCCGUUUCUGUUUGAUCCGCAGCUAA